AUGGUACCCUUACCUCCUCAAGAUGAUGGUAACGGACCCAUAUCCCUUCCCUCCACAUCACGACCUCCUCUCACAAAACCACGGUCGAACCCUUCACCCGGACAUCCCCAAGCUGAAGCUCCACGCUUGGCUCCUUCAUGGCUUCAAGAUGCCGAAACUGCCUGUUCAGAACAAUCCAACCUGUGGCACCAGGAUGAGCCCGACACCUACAGUGGAGGAUCCAAGGGGGGGCACGCCUCAAAGAACUGUUGUUACUGCACAAGGGCAAUACAUGCAGCUACUCACUAUGAUUACACAGUGGAAUUUACUGGACUAGGUAUCCCGCCACCUGGAACUGAGGAUGUUGGAUUUUGUACCCAAAUAGGUGUGUUUAUGAGAAACCAUCCAAAGAAUGGUGAAACUGUUAGUUCUGAGAAACACACAAAACAUGCUUACAAAACUGUUUUCAAGGCAGUGUACCCAAGUCUUAAAGAUGAAAAGUACCUGCAGAAUGCAGUGGUCAAUGAAGUUAUUUUUGGAGCAGAAAUCAUUAAAAGAAGACUACUAGGCAAUUUCAAGUCUGAGCGUAAGAAGCAUAAUGAGACGAAACUCAAAUUCCAGCCAUUUAAAUGUUGCAUGAGAUGUUCAACGAAUCUUUCUCUAGCAGAAACUGAAAAAUGUGCUGCUGAUAGAAGCACGGAGCCAUUUGUAGAUGGAAACAAAGUUUGCAUACCUCUGGCAAAAAUCUUUUUGAUUCCCAAAGUGAAUCAACUUUGUGGUACCUUUGAGAAGUUAAACAAGCUUAUUGCUGGCAAAGUAGCCCUGAAUAGUGAUGGUUCUGCUGUGAUAGUCACUGUUGAAAAUGAAAAUGAAGAACAAGAGUAUUAGAAAAUCCUUCAAAUCCUUCAAACUAUGGUAACAAAGAAAACCUUAUUUAGUAGAUUCAUGCUGAUGUUCUUUCUAUACAAUGACUAGAACAGGGGUGGGCAAUAAUUUUUUGGGGGGUCCACUUCAGAAAUUUUUGAAGCAGCCCCGGGUUGCACAGGAAGGGGCGGGGCCAGGAUACUUCUGGGUUCCCCUCCCUCAGACUCUGAUUGGUCUGGGGGUGAGGAAGUGCCUUUGCCCCUCCCCCCCAUGGUUUCCCCGAGGUGCCCAUGACUCUGGCGUGGGAGGAGACUUCCUGCAUUCCCCAAUUAGGGUCUGGGGGUGCGCGCAAAGCCGCCUCCGCUCUGCCUCUGCCCUGUGAGCAGUAUGUGGCACUUAAAAGCUCCAUGUGCUCCUGGCAGGAUGUUUGCUGUAUAGUUCUUAUUAAAGGCAACACAACUCUUUAAAGAUUAUGGAGCAGAAUUUCAAAGAUACAAAAGGGAGGAGUUAAGCAUUCAACUCCCAUUGAAGGGCAAUAGUUCAUUGAGCCUCUCUUUGUUUGCUCUUCUCUUAUUUAUUUCUCAGGCAUGAUAAUUGAGCCAUUUUGGGUAUGUUGGGUGUAUGGACACAGAUUUCGCUAUCUGAGACUGAGUACUUCAAAGACUAGUCAUGUGAACGGUGUUGUAGUAGUGCACUACUGCUUCACCAUCUAUCUAGCUUUGUUUUCACAUAUUGAUUCCAAUGUUAAAACCUAGACAACACUUCUAAUUAUAUCAUCUAUCAGCUAUAAAACAAGCUCUUGAGUAAGAGGGACCAAAAUGUUAAUGUUUUUGGUAAAACAUGCCUACCUUUUUUUGUUUUUAAGUUUUAUUGUUGUAGUAAGAGUGAAUAUGAAGAGUGAGAAAUGGAAAUUCAGAAAACCUAUCUUAUUGUAUGGUACAGCUGCAAGAGAAAUGCAAGCAGCAGGUAGAAGACCUACAUCAGAAUGGAAUAGUUAAAAAAGCAUACAUUUGGACUAAAUACAGAAAUAAAAAUAUCCAUCUAGAAUAAGCCACUAAUGUCUGACAGCCAUUGUACAAGUUCUUGUAUAUUUUUUUCUCCUUCCCUUUUUUGGUCAUCAUAUUUAGGCAGCAUUGAUCCCAUGCACAUAACUUGAUGGAAACAUACGGUAGUCUUCAUUAUGGAGCAAAGUCAACCUAAUUUAUGCAACUCCAGCUGCAGUACCUUAGAGCAAGUUACUGCAGAGACUCCACUGUGGGGGGUUAAUGGGAGAAACUCUCCUGUUGACUUCCCUUAUACUGAGGGAAUCAGCCACUAAUGGCUGACAGCCAUUGUACAAGUUCUUAUAGAAGGAGAGAGUAGUUGGCAGUCGAUUUAGCGGAUCUUCACUAGACCUGCUAAAUUGAUGCCUGUGGGAUUGAUCACUGCAGCACCAAUCCCCCAAUAAAUGUAGACAAGAAAUAGAAAUAUGUCCUCCUUUGGACUUGUGUAAUGGCAGUUAACAUGAGUGAGUGUCACACCUUCAUGUGGUGUUAACAAAAUACUUUUUAUGAAUAUAAUUGCAACCCAGAGCACAGUAUCAGGCUUGAGGAAAAUAAAAUGCUUCUUCAGGCUAACGGAAAAAUGAUACAACUAGUUCGUAAUAGCAGAGGAAGGUCAAAGAGAAUAAUCUGCUGGGGAAGUGGCAGGCAUUAUUGUGUACAGGCACUGUACCACUAAAGAAAAUGUGUUACUGCUUUCUGUUAAAAAGAGCUCGUAAAAUAAUUUGUGCUUUUCAGCUGUUCACUAGUUGGACAAAUUUCAAUUGAAAUUGCUAUCUCUGGUGUAUGUUUAAAUAUCGUUAAUAGAAGAAAUUUUCUAUAUAUGUAUAAGGGAAAACUAUUCUCUCAAAGCAAUAAUUAAUACAUACUAUUCCUAAAUACUCUCAAUAGAAAUAGAAGGCUAUGCAAUACUCAUGAUGGUGGAGCUCUAUGAUUUUGGCCAAGGAGAUUAUUCUUCUAGAAAGAGCUGGCUGGCCUGCUUUAGGCAAGGAUAUAUCACACACAUAAGUGUGUAGUAAACAAAUGACUGACUAUUAAUCUCUAACAGCUAAAACUUUUAUGUAUGAACAAGAAUAGCAUGUUUGCACUUGUUGCAAAAAAUUCCUCAGUUUUCUCCUUUCUUCAAGAUAAAUAAUAUUUUUGAUGUGACUGGGUCACGGCACAUGAUUUUCUUUUGUUAAUAUUUGAUAAAUGCUAAAAAUGUUUCUCAUGAGUAACGUACAGACCUCACUCCUUGGACACUCAUACUGAUAUCACUGGAAGAUUUGGGUGAGUACAUACUGCAGGAUCAGGCCUUUUUUUUUUUUUUAAAGAUAUUUAUAAAAAUGUAAAGCAGUUCUGUGUAAAGGUCAAUUAGUGUUUUAGAGGAUGACCUAAGAACCUCUGAGGGAUAGAUGAGAAUCUAUAAGCAGGAUUAGUUUCUGUGAAGGAGAUAAAUGCUUUGAAGCAUUUCACCUCAUACCAAGUGUUUUAUAAUUUAGUACUUUUACUUGGUUUUGUAUGGAAUUUUCCCAUCGUUGUUAAAUAGCUAUACUUACUAAACACUAACAUGUAAACAAAACUGAUUAGAAUUACUUUCUCCUUUGUAUUUUUUUGUUGUACAGUUAACUUGUAAAAUGCCUUCAAUGUUAAAAAGUAAAAUUCAGAGCUUGUAAAUAAAUUGUUCUUUGUCUAAUAAUGAGCCCAGCUAUUUAAUGUAAUGUAGAGUUCGGUAACAUUAGCUGUCCUUUCUUUGAAGAAAUCCUUGCAAUUCAGUGGCUGUAAGGCACAUUUAGCUGAUACUGCUAUAUCUCUUAGGCUAUGUCUACACUUGUGGCUUCUUGCGCAAGUACAGUCG